CGUCACGCCAUGUCCUUCCUCCGUCCACUACGCCGAACACCAGCCCUGCAGGCAUGGCUUCCAGCCCGGAGGUGCUACACUACUCCGAGUAGCCCCGCGCAAGCGAGCUCAAGCGAGCCCGACGCUACAGCAGCGCAGAAAUCGGAGACCCAGUCGCGUAGGUUUGCCGCCUCUACUCGGUCCUCUCUGCUCACUGUCACGUCCGUCGCAGCGAAAUCGUCAUGUCCGGAGGGCACCGUCUUGACUGGCUUGAACUAUCUCAAAGGCCAAGGCGAGGUGGUCGCACAGCCAGAUAGCGCGUACCCCGACUGGCUGUGGGAGCUUGUCGGACCAAAACGCGUAACAGACGAUGGCCCGGGAGGGAAGGAGGAGAAGAUCGCGCUGAGGAAGGAAAACCGGGCACGGAUACGUGAACAGAACUUCAUGAAAAGUCAAUAGUCCUCUGGGUUCACAUGUCGGGGGCUUCUAGCGGAAGGCUAGGCGAUAUAUGGAUGUUAUACAGAAUAUAUCAGCAGUAAUUUUUGUGGCGUUGCACGUAAUCCCCCAUUUUGCAUCCCCGUUCGUCAAGCAAUGGCCCGCAG